GUAUUUUCAUUGUAAAUAAAGAAAAGGCGAUUUGUAGUCUUUUUGUGACCAAAAUACACUGUCUUCUUUGCAAUUGAAUAUUGUUUUGAAUCGAAUAUUUUUUCUCGGUGACAUUUUCAACGAUUUCAUAGAAAUAAUGCCGGAUCGUAGAGCAACUCAUGCAGGCAGCUGGUACUCUAAUUCAGGUAAUCAACUGAAUCAGCAGCUUGAAAAUUGGUUGGAUAAGGCUGAACUAACAUACGGGCCUGCUAGAGCAAUUAUUGCUCCUCAUGCUGGCUAUUCAUAUUGUGGUGCGUGUGCUGCUUUUGCAUAUCGCCAAGUUAGCCCGGCCGUUGUGAAACGUGUAUUUAUAUUGGGUCCAUCACAUCAUGUUCGAUUACGUGGAUGUGCCUUAUCAAUUGCUGAAAAAUACGAAACACCAUUGUAUGAUCUCAAAAUUGAUACUCAAAUCAAUGCAGAACUUGAGAAAACCGGAAAAUUUUCGUGGAUGGACAUGAAUACCGACGAAGAUGAGCACAGCAUCGAAAUGCAUUUACCAUACGUUGCCAAAGUGAUGGAAGCUUUUCGCAAUCAAUUCACAAUUGUUCCGAUUUUAGUUGGUUCAAUAUCGUCCGAUGUUGAAGCGAUUUACGGCGAAAUAUUGGCACCAUAUUUGGCUGAUUCACAAAAUCUAUUUGUUAUCUCGUCAGACUUUUGCCACUGGGGCAAACGUUUUAGCUACACAUAUUAUGAUGAUUCGUGUGGUCCAAUCCACAAGUCAAUUGAGAAAUUAGAUAAAAAUGGCAUGGAUAUCAUCGAAACAUUAAAUCCAUCGGCAUUCAAUGAAUAUCUGAAACGCUACAGCAACACGAUCUGUGGCCGACAUCCAAUUGGCGUUAUGUUACAAGCGGUGAAUAGUCUGCAAUCCCGUGGCUAUCGCAUGAAUUUCAAGUUCCUGAAAUAUGCUCAAAGUAGUCAGUGCUUCAAUAUGUCUGACUCUAGCGUCAGUUAUGCAUCUGGAUCAUUAAUUUUUGAAUGAACUCUUUGACUUUCUAAGUUGACGAAUAUUACAAAUUAAAUUUCAUUUUUUUCCACUGACUAAUUUCAAUUUUAUUGCACUCAGAAUACCAUUUACAAUUUCGAUUGUAAAACAUUUCAAAGAGAAUACCGUUUAAGAGAAAAGAAAGCGAAUAAAAAUUCAACCUUUUUGCUGAUCAACGUUUUCUUUGUAAUUCGAUUCUUCAAUUGUAUUUAAGAAAAGAGUUUUAAUCAGUCUAUGUAUUUCGGAUCCGCGAUAUUUUAGAAUAUCUCGAUAUUUAACAGCUCUGUGCAGUUGCGUUCCAUCCGAAAUACAUACAGACUGGUUUUAAUAAAGUAACAAUUUCGAUCAAUUCAA